AUGUCGCAGUCAGAGCAUGUACCGAACGUGGUGAUGCCAGGUUGCAAGGGUCGUCCUGUUGUAAUGCAAAAGUCUGGAAAGUCGAAUACUGAGGAGGAGGAAGCUGGCGAAUCGGAGGGUUUACUAGCUGAUGCAAUGACGAAUUCUGACAUGGGCAACAUGGCCGUGCUGUUUGACAAGUCUCCGCCACGCUUGGAGUUCCAGAAUACAUCUGGCGACUCGGAUGAAUCGCCAAAGGUUGAGAUUGUUAAUGGGACGCCUAGCGAAACCCAGCGCUGGAAGCUAAUGCAGGAUGUCGCCGGCGGGGAGGUGUCCGCGCUGCCGCACGCGCACCGGCUCGCCGACCCCUCGACCUCCGACGUCGGCUAUGUCGGUGCCUUUGUGCGGAUGCUGCAGCAGCUGUCUGCGCCGAGGAACGAGAGCGAGGGAGGAGAGAGCGAGGGAGAAGAGAGCAAAGUAUUGACGAGUACGACAGAAGAAAGUGAAGGAGGACAGAGCGAGGAAGAAGACAGCGAAAGAGUAGCCAGUCAGAAACAAGAGAGCGCGGCGGUGGCGGACACGUGCGGGCGCGUCGCGAUCGUCUGCGUCGACGUCGGCUCGCGGACCCAGUUCCUCGCCGCGCCCAUGGCCGGCGUCUCUCUCCCCCCGUCGUGGUCCCUCGGUCUCGCCGCCAUCAUCCCCACCGCGCUCACCGUCGGACUGCUCGGCUACCCGCUCGCGAUGGCGCCACCGCUGCGCGCCGAGUCGUCGCAGCGACCGCCUGACGCCGAGCUCUACCUGCGUUGGCUGCAGGCGGCCGCGUGCCUGCCCGCACUGCAGCUCGCGCUGCCGCCGUGGACGUACAGCGAGGCGGUGGAGGAGGCCGCGUACAAGGCACUGCGCUUCCGCGAGGAGGUGGUGCUGCCGCGCGUGCUCGCCUCGCUAGAGGGCGCCGCGCGCGACCUUCGCGCUGUCGCGCGGCCGCUGUGGUGGGACGCGCCGCGCGACGAAGCGGCUCAGGUCGUCGACUCGGAGUUCUUGGUCGGAGACGACCUGCUGGUGGCGCCCGUGGUCACGAGCGGAGCGCCGGCGAUCAGAGACAUCUACCUGCCCGCCGGGAGGUGGCGGGACGGGCUGGCAGGGGGCAGCACGAUAUCGGGACCAACGUGGCUGCGGCGUUACUCCGUUCCUCUGGAGAGCAUUCCGCAUUUCACUAGAGUAAGGUAGAGAGGCAGGCAGAGAGGCGUAGGGUGAGCGGGUCAGGCUUGUUUGCUCUCACGUGAGGCAUGAGGAUAGAACAGGUAGGAGACGUGUUGUGUGAAUGCAAAUGCUGAAGGUCCAAGAAGCGCAUUAGAGUUGGGAUGCAACAUGUACUGUGUUUGGUCACAUACGAAGGUGCUUCGUUUUUUUGUGUGUUGUUGUAUUUUGAAUGUGAAUUUUUUUUACUAUGGGCCCACGUUUUUGUAGUGCAAUGCAAUUGCGAUGCAACCAAUGCGUUUUUCGUGUACAAUCUAGAACUGAGAGUAUGUGGUUGUGAAACGUAAGAAUUUAGAGCGUAAGAAAAAGUACUCGCACAGUUUUCUGUGUUUCAUCAAAUGUGUUGCGUAUUAUACAAUAUUAUUAUUAAGUUUAUAUACUUGCACAGAUAAUAGUAUACAAACUAUAUAAUAUAUAUAUAUAUAGUACUAUCUGUCACAGAUAGGAAGAUAAAGAUCAGGCCGGCUAGUCAAUUUUAUGCAAACAGUAGUAGGGCUCAUAGGGUCUAUGUCCCCCAGGUUACUGCCGGAACGUACCCUGGGUACGGUCCGGUAUACCGGAACG